GGCCCCGGAAUGCCACCUUUUGGGGGUGUCCCGGUCUCCAGCCUUGGACCCGUGACUGCAGGUGACGGAGGAAGCUGCUGGGAUCUUGGAGGGUGGCGUGGUGCCCCCAGCCCAGCCCUGGUGUGGUGUGGCUGUCCCCAGAUGUGGGGUGGCACGGCAACGACACGGUUGUGCUGUUGUCUGUGCCCUAGAGAGCCUUUCCCGUGGGGUCUUGGCACAUUGGGGAGCAACUUGUCCCCUAGUCCUCUGCCUGCGUGUCCUGGGGCCCCCAUCCUCACAGUGUCACAGCCCUCGGUUCCCUGCCCACAUGUGCUGGGCUCUGUGUCACCUGGUACUGAGGUCCCUCUCUUGCCCCUACAGCCCCAGGCUAUUGGGUUGGCUCUCCCCUGUGUGCCCGUUCUCUGGUCCCUAUCCCUACUGCAUCAGUGUCCUUCAUCUCCUGUUUGUGCAUGCUGGUGUCCCCAUCCUUGGGACAUUGCUAUCCCACACCUGCUUGUACAUGCAAAGGUCCUUCCUCCUAGUUUCUGCAGUGUCAGGUUCCCUGGUUUGAAUCCCUAUGGUUUCAGGGUCCCUCGUCCCCUUCCCAUGUGUGCUGGGCUCCCUUGUCCUUGGUCCUGUGUUAUCAGGUUGCUUGGUCUCCUGCCUGCAUGUGUCCCUUGUCUUUGUCCCCAUGGCUUGGGGUCUUCAGCCCUCUGCCUGUGUGUGUUGGGGUCCCUAUCCUGUGCCCACUUCAGUCCCUGACCCUAUAGCCUUGUUCUGUGUGUGUGUUUCUAAUGGCACAGCCCUGCCUUCACCAUGGUUGAUGUUCUGUCCCCACUGCAGCACAGGGCACGAGUGGGAGCUCCCCAACCUGAGCCCCAUCUGUGCCACCCUUGAGGCUCCAGCGCUUCUUUUAUCUCUCCUUUGAGCUCAGUGCAAGAGGGUGCCAGACCCUAUUUUUUCUUUUUUUGAGGAUAAAAGAGCUUUUUUUUUUCCCCUGGGCUGGGAUCCAAGGGGAGAUGAAAUGAAACAGGAAGGGGCUGGAGGUGGAACAGCUGCAAGCUGUCCUCGCUCCACAUCCACCCACCACACUGCUGCCAGCACUGGGAGCUGCUCUCUCCCCAUCCCUUUGCCCAUGGGGUGAGGGAUAUGUGGUGUUGGAACGGUGGGCAGGUGUCUGCUGGAUGUUGUAGGGGGUCCUGUUGUGGCUGAUGAUGCAGAAUGCUUGUUUGCUUCAGCUAAAAUGGCAGUUCUUAAAGGGGGGAAAAAAAAAAGGAAAAAAAAAAAGAUGGUUUCUGCACAUCUCUUGACUGCAUCUUUUUGAUUCAACGAGGUUUUGCUGUCGAGUGGUGGAGUUGGGGACCUGGGAGCUCCCACUGCUGCAAUUUCCAAUGCAGCCAAAUGAGCAGGGGAGGGGGGAUGGGGGUGGACCAACCCACUCCGAGCACUCCAAACGCUGUAAAAAAUUGAUUGGAGCAAGUUCUAAUUGCUGCAGUCGUCAGCGUGGAAGCCGGGGGAUGCUGUGUAAUGUCUGGAGGGCUCGGCUCCAGCUCACUGGCUGCAGUGCUGGCUGCUGGUGGCAUGGCCACCGCACUCCCUGGAGCAGCUUCUUGCUCCCCAGGUGGAUGAGGGCACAGGGAGCCGUGGGCCUGUGUGAGUGCCGUGCCAGAAGGCAGUCGGGUGCAGCAGAAGGCUGAGAAACACGAGAGCACAGGGCUUUAAUGACCCCGGAAGCCCUGGCUUGGUGUUGCCAUUGGAGCUGUUACAAUUAGAGCCGUCGCACUUAAAGCGCAUGUAUUUAAAGCCUCUGCUUUUAAACCCGUGGCGAUUCGAGCCGUCCCGGUUACAGGUGUUGUAGCAGAGGAAUGGGGCUGACCCUUCCCUGGUGAUGCUCGUGCAGAGACAGCUGCUGCCUGUCCCUGCUGUCCCAGGGCUCCUCGCUGGCGGCCGCAGCCUCUCCGAGCCGCUGGCAGCCGGAGCUCCUGGCCGGAGCACGCUGCCUGCCUGCACAUGGCUUUUUUUAGGUUUACAAACAUUACGGCCCCGUGCACACGUCGCUUCCCCCCUCCCUUCCCGUGAGUCAUCAGCCCCGUCACCAGUGCAGGGGAGCGCAGGCCAGGGAAGCCGGAGGCGGCGUCUGCGCUUCCCCCCUUGGCGCUGAUGACCCCAGCGGAGGAAAAAAAAUAGAAAUUGGGUGUUUUUUUCCCCUCCCUUUUUCGGUCAUGGAAAAGGUUGAGCGAGAUGAAGAAGGCGCGGCGGUGACGGCCGUGAUGAUGCCACGUCUGUUUGUGGCAUCGCCUGUGAUGGGGCGUUUUGGGAGAGGAUGGCAGCACAGCCUUUAUCUGGGGGAUGUGCGAAUGUGGUGUUACACCCAGAGAUUUUGGAGAGGGCCGAGGAACCGGUGGCAUCCAUUGGGCUGAGCUCGGAGCUGUGCGUGUCCCCUGACAUGGCAUGGAGCAUCGGCCUCUGGCUGCGUGCACGGAGGUGCUGGAGCCCCCGCGCUGAGCUCAUCGUGGCUGAUGUGGCUGCGGUGACUCAGCAGCGCCAGCGCUGACUCAGCGGCACUGCGGACCCCAGGAGGCAGCUGAGGUGGGAGGGGGCUGUCAUUUUCUGGGGGAGAAAAAAGGGAGAUUUUGUGCGGUGUGCUGCAGAAGCCGUUGUGCCGGUGCUGAUCAGGACUGCAUUGAAAGGAUGUGAUGCAAACUCGUCCUUGUGUAGAAAGGCUCCUGCUCGCUUUUCAGGUGGUUCUUCAGCGCUGUGUGUAGGAGAGAUGCAGCAGCUCUGACUGAGCAUGUGUCUGAGCCCAUACAUAGGGCAGACAAGGAGCUUGCCCUACUCAACCCCAGCCUUGCUGCCUCGCUAACCUCAUGGUGGGGGUCUUCAUGCCUUCCCCUCCAUGGGGACCUUUCUGUGUGCCGGUGCCAGCUGCCGGCCGCCGUGCCGGGGUGAGUACAGGGAAAUGUGGGGAGGGCACUCGGCAAGGGGACACGGCUGUGACAGUGCUCCCUUUGGGGGGGGCAGCUGGCUUGCACCGCCAAGCUUUCAGCUGUGCGUGCACACAGGGAUUGGAGCCAAGCAGGAAAACGCACCGUCCGCUUCUGUACUUGCAAGAAAGAGGAUCUCAGCCUGAAGCCAGUGAAAGGGGAAGCGGCCGUCCCGUGUCUCUGUGCCGACUUGCAGAGCAGGAUGUGUCCCCCAAGAGGUUCUUCCUGGAUGUGACUCGGUUCCCGUCACGUCCGCUCUGGCAUUUCAGGACCCCCCCGGCCCUGGUGGAACACAUGGGGUGGCGGUGGUGGUGUUUUGGGACAGGUCCGGGGGGCAAUCCGGUUGAUGGCCCCAGAAGAGGCCCAAUGGAAGAAGGGCUGAUCGACUAUGGCGGCGAGAGGACACUGAGCGAGGGCGGCCGGCUGGGCCUGGCCGCUGGGGGCCGGCCGCAGGCGGGGGGCAGCGCGCUGAUGGAGCCCAGCGGGUGGCUGCCCGGCCCCCCUGCCGGCCCCGCACGUCUGGAGGACGCCCGCAACCUGGUGGCCUUCUCGGCGGUGGCCGAAGCGGUGUCCUCCUACCGGCUGCCCGCCCCGGCUUCGCCCUCGCUACUCUACAAGAAGUUUGACACCGAGAUGAGCCGGGGGGGGCUGGUGCCGCGGGACGGCGUGCCAAGGGGGGAGGACCUGCACGCCCUCAAGGCCGCCCUCGCCCUGGCCAAACACGGCAUGAAGCCCCCCAACUGCAACUGCGACGGCCCCGAGUGCCCUGACUACCUGGAGUGGCUGGAGCAGAAGAUCCAGGUGGCCUUGGGAGAGGCCCCGCUGCCCCACGCCCCGCCGCCCCCCGACAAAGGUGCUAUCGCUCCCCCCGCGGUGCUGGAGGCCGCCGAGCCGUGCCCGUCGGACGGCCUCCCCUUUUCCCAAAGUGCACUGAAUAUUGCCAAGGAGAAGAACAUCAGCCUGCAGACGGCCAUCGCCAUCGAGGCGCUGACGCAGCUCUCAGCCACGCUCCCUCAACCUGGUGCUGAUGGGCCACCCCCCCCCUCCGCCACCGCUGCCGCCCCCCCGGUGCCCCCUGCCCCCCCAGAGCCAUCCAUCGACGUGGUGCCUCCGUCUGGGACCACUGACCCUAUGGCGGAGCUGGAGCAGCUCCUGGGCAGCACCGAAUACAUCGCUGUGGCCUUCAAGCGGCCCGAGGCUGGCAGAGCCCCCCCUGCAGCAGCCCCAAAGCCCCCGGAUCGGACGCCGGGCAAGGAGACGGCAAGCAGCCCCCAAGUGCUGCAGGAACCUGACCUGCACAGGAAGACACAGAUGGUCCUGCAGCAGCACCUGCACCACAAGCGCAGCCUUUUCCUCGAGCAGAGCCUCUCCGCGACCCCCCCGGAGCGCCCACCUGGCUGGUGGACCCCCAGCACGCCCAAGACCUUUGAGAAGCAGGCCAAGGAGAAGAAGAAAAGGAUGCAGCCAGACAAGCCAGCCCGCAAGCAGGUGCAGAUCAAGAAGCCCAAGCAGAAGGAUUCACAGCCGCUCUUCCUGCCCUUCUGGCAGAUCAGCCUGGAGGGGCUGCGGACCCCCGCCGAGCCCCCCGCCACAGCGCCGCAGCCCGAGCCCCCACCGCCCGCCCCGUGCCCACCCACUGCUUCCGACUCUCAGGAAAGGGGAACCCCUGGGGGGGACACCCACAGCCACCCGCUGGCGCCGGGCCCGGAGGGAGCGCCGCCCGCCAUGGUGGAUGACAAGCUGGAGGAGCUUAUCCGGCAGUUCGAGGCCGAGUUCGGGGACACCUUCAGCCUGCCGCCCACCGGGACCACUGCGCUGCCAGAGGGGCAGCUGCCAGCCCCGCAGGUGCCCCCCACCACCGCCAGCACCGCCGCUGUGGCCCCCAGCAGUGCUGGCCCUGGGGGCUCCGCGCUGUCUCCGGAGAAGGGACCUCCCCCAGAGCACCUCUUCUCCGUGCGCUCACCCAAGCAGAUCAAAAUCGAGUCCUCUGGUGCUAUCACCGUGGUGUCCACCACGUGCUUUUACUCUGAGGAGAGCCAGAACGCCGAUGAGGCGGAGGGGACGCCCACCAAGGAUGAGGUGCCGCUGACCCCCACCCUCAGCGGGUUCCUGGAGUCGCCUCUCAAAUACCUGGACACGCCGACCAAGAGCCUGCUGGACACCCCCGCCAAGCGUGCGCAGGCUGAGUUCCCCACCUGUGACUGUGUGGAGCAAAUCGUGGAGAAGGACGAGGGGCCGUACUACACCCACCUGGGCUCAGGGCCCACCGUGGCAUCCAUCCGGGAGCUGAUGGAGGAGCGGUACGGCGAGAAGGGCAAAGCCAUCCGCAUCGAGAAGGUCAUCUACACUGGGAAGGAGGGGAAGAGCUCCCGGGGCUGCCCCAUCGCCAAGUGGGUGAUCCGGAGACACAACCAAGAGGAGAAGCUGCUAUGCCUGGUGCGUCACCGAGCUGGCCACCACUGCCAGAACGCUGUCAUCAUCAUCCUGAUCCUGGCCUGGGAGGGCAUCCCCCGCACGCUGGGCGACACGCUGUACCAGGAGCUCACUGACACCCUCACCAAGUACGGCAACCCCACCAGCCGCCGCUGCGGCUUGAAUGACGACCGGACUUGUGCAUGCCAAGGCAAGGACCCCAACACCUGCGGCGCUUCCUUCUCCUUCGGCUGCUCUUGGAGCAUGUAUUUUAAUGGCUGCAAAUAUGCCCGAAGCAAAACUCCACGGAAGUUCAGGCUGGUGGGGGACAAUCCCAAGGAGGAAGAGCUGCUCCGGAAAAGCUUUCAGGACUUGGCCACUGAGGUUGCUCCGCUUUACAAGAGGCUGGCACCACAGGCCUACCAGAAUCAGGUUACCAACGAGGAUAUCGCAAUAGACUGCCGGCUGGGCUUGAAGGAGGGGAGGCCAUUUUCAGGGGUGACAGCAUGCAUGGACUUCUGUGCUCAUGCUCACAAAGAUCAGCAUAACCUCUACAAUGGCUGCACAGUGGUCUGCACGCUGACAAAGGAAGACAAUCGCGUGGUGGGGAAGAUUCCCGAAGAUGAGCAGCUGCACGUCCUCCCCCUCUACAAGAUGUCCAGCACGGAUGAGUUUGGCAGCGAGGAGAACCAAAACGCAAAGGUGGGCAGCGGGGCCAUCCAGGUGCUCACAUCCUUCCCCCGCGAGGUGCGUAAGCUGCCUGAACCCGCCAAGUCCUGUCGGCAGAGACAGCUGGAGGCAAAGAAAGCCGCAGCGGAGAAGAAGAAACUGCAGAAGGAGAAGCUGAUGACACCAGAGAAGAUCAAGCAGGAAGCGCUCGAACUUCCUACACUCCAACAAAAUGCAGGUAUGGCGUUGAAAAGUGGGCUCUCCCCACAGCCGCUGAAACCUUCCAUCAAAGUGGAGCCGCAGAGCCAUUACAACGCCUUCAAGUACAACGGCAAUGCGGUGGUGGAGAGCUACUCGGUGCUGGGCAGCUGCCGGCCCUCCGAUCCUUACAGCAUGAACAGUGUUUACUCUUACCAUUCCUACUAUGCACAGCCCAAUCUGCCUUCCGUGAACGGGUUUCAUUCCAAGUUCACGCUGCCCUCCUUUGGGUAUUACGGUUUUUCCAACAACCACGUGUUCCCCUCGCAGUUUCUGAAUUACGGGGUGCCCGAGAGGGGCGAGAGCUGGGUGAGCAACAGCUACGAGAAGAAGCCCAACAUUCAGGUGCUGCAGGAGAACCUCAACCAUACCUACAGGAACACGGAUUUCCCUGAGCCCAUCCCACACAGCGUCCGGAGCAAAAACCAUCACCAGCGCACCUACGAGCGGGCCAGCCGCUAUGCCAGCCAACAGAAGACGGCUGCGGCCGGGGUGCACAGGACUAGCACAGGCUCGGAGGAGGCAUCGCCGUUUGCACAGAACUGUUUUGGCAGCAGGGCCAUCAAGCAGGAGCCCCCGGACCCUCCGCCCAGCAUCGAGCCCCUGAGCAACCCUGCGGCAGCUGUGCCCGGCACCGGCCUGGCUCUACCCGCUGUCCCCGUACCGGAGCAGCAGUGGAGUCCUUACAAAACGUCGUCCCGAGGUUCGUCUUCCCCCGAGCGGACUAGUGCGGCUGAGAGCUCGUGGAGCAGCCUGGUGCCAGGUGCCGGAGGACGGGAGAAGCUGAGCGCCUUCGAUGCUGCCGUGCGCCUGCCGCUGCCGGAGAAGCAGUGGCCCAAUGUCCUGGCAGAAGAAGCGUCGUCGUCGUGCAGUUCCAGCUUGCUGCCGAAGCCGUGGAGCCCUUGCAAGCUGGGGGAGACGGUGCUGGGCGGUGCGGGUACCCCGACCCUGCGGGACAAGGGCUGGGAAUUGGGACCGCUGGGCUUCGGCUCGGCCCUGCCGGAGCUGCCUGUCUUCUCUGAAGAGCCGUGGGGUUCUGGCAAGGCGGAGGAGCGGAGGACGCCGGCACCCACGGCAGGGCUGCCUGAAAAGCCGUGGGAGGCAGCGGUGCGUGAGAAGGGGGCAGCGGGGGUCCGUCAGGAGAAGCCGUGGGAUCCUUUUGGGCUGGAGGAGGGCGUCGAGGAGGCGUCGGUGAAGGCGGUGAAGGAGGAAGAGGAGGAGGAGGAAGAAGAGGAAGAGGAGGAGUGGUCGGACAGCGAGCACAACUUCCUGGACGAGAACAUCGGCGGCGUGGCCGUGGCGCCCGCGCACGGCUCCAUCCUCAUCGAGUGCGCCCGCCGCGAGCUGCACGCCACCACCCCACUGAAGAAACCCAACCGCUGCCACCCCACCCGCAUCUCCCUGGUCUUCUACCAACACAAGAACUUGAACCAGCCCAACCACGGCCUGGCGCUGUGGGAGGCCAAGAUGAAGCAGCUGGCGGAGCGCGCCCGCGCACGGCAGGAGGAGGCGGCGCGCCUGGGGCUGCAGCAGGACGCCAAGGCCUUCGCCAAGAAGCGCAAGUGGGGCGGCGCGCUGGCGGCCGAGGCGGCCACCAAGGAGCGGAGGAACGCGGUCCCCACGCGGCAGGCGGUGGCCAUCCCCACCAACUCUGCCAUCACUGUGUCCUCCUACGCGUACACCAAGGUGACGGGGCCCUACAGCCGCUGGGUCUGAGGCGGAGGCGGCCGCCGCAGCCCUUCUUACCUCAAAGUCGGCAGCACUGGAGUCCCGGUGCUGCUUCGUGGUGCUUUCUCCUCGGGCAUGGGGGAGAAGAAAAAAAAAAAAAAAAGAAAAAAAAAAAAAAAAAGCAGGAAAAAAAAGAAAAAAAGAAAGCAAAAUAAACCAACGUUACGCUUGGAAACAACGGAACCGACGCGGGUGCGAGCCGCACUUGGCAAAGAGUAGGAAAAUAGGAAAGGAACAAUGCUCUUUGACGUUUUUCGGUAACCUAAUAUUUAUAUCUCUGUGUUUUUUUAAUCUAUCCUUGUGCACUGCAAGAAUGGAGAGAGAAGUUUAUAGCGUCCUUUCGCAAAGGAGAGGUUUUUAAUUCCACUUAAAACCGCGUAUUUAUUGGAUUAUUAUUAUUAUUUUUUAAUCUGACGAGAAUGACGAAGCCGACCUUCAAAAAACGAAGCGAACAUCGAGGAAAAAAAUACAUGGAUAAAUUAGAAAAAAAGGAAAAAAAUGAGAAACAACCCGAACACCAAACCAGCGUAUAAAGGCAGAGGUGGAUCUCCGCAGCGCCGUGCAGGCGGCGCGGAUCAGGGGCGGCCUCACAGAGCCACCUGGAAAUGAGUGCUGUAACGUCAGCCGGAUGCACCGAACAUCCAGUUUUUUUAAUUGUUGGUUCCCAAGGACCCACAGUGGCUGUUUUACAACUGGAGGAGUCCAUCCCCAUGGGUGGAGACCUCAGGGCAUCGUGUGGAGGGUGCUGCUCCCGGAGCUCCAUGCUUGGGUCCGGGGCUCUGCGCUCGUUUGGGGCUCCGUUGCCCUAAGGAGAAGAGGAGCAGCUCGGCUGCGUCUCCGAGAAACCCAACAGGAAUCAAACACGUAAAUAGGAAAAAGAAAAAACACAAACCCACAAAAACAACACAAAACUGUGAAUAGCUAGUGUUGCUCUCUGUACAUCACUGUUGCUGAAGUCUGGUGCUUUCAGUCUCUGGGGGACUUUGGCCGUACGAGCGGCUCUGGGAGGAGCAAACCCACACUCUGGGACUCGUCUCCCCACACUCUCAGUCCGAUGGGUGAGUCGGCGCGGCGGCGCGCUCCGCGUUUUUCUCUCCCCAGGUGCCAUCAUCUCACCUUCCUACAGGUUGCUGUUCUUCCCACAGUACAAGAAAACCAACCAACCGACCCACCGACCAACAACCUUUCCAACCCACCCACCCACCAUCCAACAACACUGCGUGGUGCUUUCCCAACAACCUCAGCUGAGGCUGCCACCCUCGAGCCAUGCUGGGCGCUGGGUGCAGGACGGGGCUGCGCCGUCGCUUUGCACUUCCAGGUGCCUUUUGGGGAGCACGCGAGCGAGAGCCGGCGCCGUCACCGUGCUGAAGUCACCGCGUGCGUUUACUGCAACCCCACGCACCGGCGCAGCUCAGCAGGAUCUCGGUAAAACAGCCUGAACCUUUGUGUAGUCAGUCUGAUUUUAAAACCUGUACAUAGGGAAAGAAUUUUUUUAAAAAGCACUUUCACCUAGAUUUAAAAAUGAAAGCAAAACUUAAAAAAAAAAAAAAGCAAAAAAAAGAAAAAAAAAAGAAAAAAAAGCAAACACCCUCUCCCCCCUCCCGACAACUUGAAAGCAGUAUGUUU